AUGCCAAACACCGGUCGGCCGAGUCGAGACUGCCAUCACUGUCGACAGCGCCGGGUCAGGUGCGAUCUUGUACGACCUGGAUGCGGCCAGUGUCAGCGAAAGGGGCAGCCCUGUCCUGGCUAUCGUGACGAAUUGGACCAGCGCUUCCGGACCCAGAAUGUCGAUUCCUUUUCGACAAGACGAUCUGGUUCCCGCCGUAAAGCCAAAGAUGAAGCAUUCAGCCGUCAUUCUGGGAAGAUGGUGGAGACUAUCCCCGUCACCAAGGCCACAUUGCCUCCACAAUUUAUGCUUUCGGAGUCUUGGAAUGAGCACUUGAUGCCGCUUGUCAUACACAAACUGUCGUCCGAUGCGGUCGACGGCAGUGUCUGCCACACAAUCUUCACUGCAGUCCUACAUGUCGUGUCCAGUGCACAACCAGGCUCUGCCAUUUUCAGAGUCUGCGAUGCUAUUGGACGUGUUUAUAUUGCUAAUCUGACAAAUUCGCCGUUGGCAAGGGUCCAACAAGCUCGUGCGUACGGCGGAGCCAUUGCUACCAUCAAGGACAGUCUGCAGAAUCCUCAGCAGUCUGCGAGUAGAGAGACAAUCGUCAGUGUCUUAUUAUUGUGCAUUUAUGAGCUUCUUUCCGCUCCCGACACCCAUUCAAUACUCGCGUCCCCCUCCUGGUCCAUUCACACCCGGGGCAUGAUAGCGUUGCUCGAGUAUCAACAGGGCACAGGCAGCUGCAAGCCAGAGGACAGGUCACUUUUCCUCGCCAUCUUCAGCACCGUCCAACGUCAGACUCUUAUAAUGAGCCAGGACUAUUCGUGGGAGUUUCUGUCUUGGAUACGAGCCUUCUACAGAUUGUGCGUGGCAGCAGACCUUUGGAUAGCCCGUACUGUAAUCUUUGCCUACCACUGCAGCCGCCUCUGCGUGGCCAUUCAGGAGCUCAUCGAUAUCGGCAACCCAGACGCAUUGCUCGCCAUUUAUCCUUCAAUCAUGCACCAUGUUGACAACGUUGACAAUGAAACAGCACACUUGUCCCAUUACAGGCCUCUUGGUGACUCUGUAAUAGACACGCCAACCAUCGGGGUUCCUCUAUCCUCUGCAGUUCCCGAUCGUGGGCUGCUGAUCUAUCAAAAGACCUUUCGCUUACAACUAUCAAUGCAAGCUCAUAAGCUUCUCUCUAUAGCAUCUGAAGAAGCCAACUGUACGCCCGAGCAACGCGUUCACAUUGGCGAAGCUCGGACACGAUGCACAAAGGAGUACCAGUCCAUUGCAGACCAAGUCCUGGCCAGACUAGCUGUAGCUACUGGUCACGAUGUCGCGGAGGGCUCUGGCACCUCUGUGAAGCCACUGGGGUUGUUGUAUAUAUUCCACAUAGUGUGGCCGUUGCAGCUGAUUGCAUCGUCGCCCAUGUCAUCAGAGAAGGAGACGCGUCAAGCUCGUGCGCUACUGGAGGGUAUCCAUAAACAGAGCAGGCGGUUAUAA